AUGGCUUGUGCAGUGGGCACUGUCUUCAAUGCCCGCAUCUCCAUGUGCGACCACCCAAAGAACGUGAUUUGUGACAUUUUCAAUCGACCUGUCAUACCGAUGACAACACCCACACCGACGACUACGAACAUUGGUACAAGUACUACUGCUCGGAGUACGGAUCGGCCAAUAUCAUCAGGUGGCCGCACCCAAAUGAUUGCAGCCGCUUCUACGAAUGCCACCAGCAACAACUCAGCGCUGUCCGUUGCCCGUCCUACCCGCGCCAAAUGCUUUACAACACGAAUACCGAGGACGGCCUGCGCGCACGAGGACUGUCGGAUUGUGCACAGAGUCGCCAGGCAGUUCUUUGACUUCGAGCUUUUCUGUUUGACUGCUCACCAACGCUACGCGACUGACGGUCUCGUAGACGACCGCCACACGCCGUGGACAUGUAACGGAUCACGUUUUCGUUUCCUCCGUCCCCGGCAGAAGGGGCAGUACGCUCCUGGGCCCGACAGAAGACGCCUCUGCCGACAUACGGAAGUGAAGGUAGAGUUUAGAGUGCGCCUCCCGCCUACGGACACCGCGCGUCGACCUGCACGCCGGGAAUGGGUUGCGACGACUGACCGGAGGCGGUGCCGGUCAUGUGGAUGUGAGCGUCACGCCGAAGCGCACGCGACAUAUGAUGCCGAGCGAAAAAGAGCGUCUCCCAGCGUGGAAGAGCUGCGAUACCGUUCCCUCUGCCGGCCAAACAUCUUAUUUUUCCACCGUUGGCCAAAUUCACAUGACUGCCGUCGUUUCUACCAAUGCGUCAAUGGUCGAUUCACCAAUGAGAACUGUUCAAUCCGUCCACAACAACUGGUCUACAACGCUUCAAUAUUCAACUGCCAGAAACCACUGCCCGCCAUUCUUUUUUCCUUUCUUUUUUUAGAUUAUUUUUUAUUAUUUUAUGAUCAACCAUUCGUUUUUCUUUUUUCUUUCUUUAUUUCGUCUAUUUUUUCUUUUGUAUGUUCAGUUUCUCCUUUCUCGUAUUUUUAUUUCUUUUUUAGGUGCGUUUUUUUUUCUUUUAUAUUCUAUCUCGCUUUCCUCGCUUUUCUUUCUUUAAUUUUUUUCUUUUAUUUUCAACUAUUCUUUUUUUUAUUUUUUCUUCUUUUUCUGUGGUCUGUUUUUUCUUUCAUGUUCAGCCUCUCUUUUUUCUUCUUCAUUUCUUUUUUUCGAUCUGCUUUUUCUUUUAUAUUUAGCCUGUCUUUUUUAUUUCCUUUUUUAGUUUAUUUCUUAUUUUAUGUUCAGUCUCUCCUUUUUUUCUUUCUUUUUGUUCUAAUUUUUCUUCUGUGUUCAGCCUCUCUUUUUUUUUUCUUUCUUUUUUUGCGUUUAAAUGUUUCUUUUAUAUUCAACCUCCGUUUUUUUCUGUUACACUUUCGUUUUUGUCUGUUUUUGAUAUUCAGCUUUUCUUUCUUUCUAUUCUUUUGGCCGUUUAAUUUUCUUUUAUGUUCAGGCUCUUUUUCUCUUUUUUUUUUCUCUCUUUUUUUUGGCCUAUUUUUUCUCUCUAUAUUUUUUCUUUGUUUUUGUCUAAUUUUUCUUUCCGUUUUCGCACUUUUUUUUUCUUGGCACUUACUGUGUGCUAAUUAG